CGAAAUGACGUAGUGUUUUGACACGCUGGCAUUUAUCGUUGGUUUUUCAGUGAUUGCAGAUCGCAACUGGCGUAGACCAUGUUGAUAUGACCGUUUGGAUGACGGUGAACUCUCGGCCACGAACUCAGGCAAGCACAUCUGGCAAAUUCUUUCGUACAUCACUAUAUACAGCUGCAAUCAUCGCAACAAUCUCCCAUUGAGAGGAUAGCUGGCCAUUUGCUGCGAAGCCAGUAUCACUACCGUUGCCAAUGGUGAGAUUGCAUUAAUCAAUCCAGGCAUUGCACGCAGAACCCGCUAAACAAUUCAAAAUGUCAUCGUCAUGUCAUCUAUUGAAGAUCAAGAAAGAAGUCGAGUGCUCCAUCUGCUGUGAAAUCUUCACUGCACCAAAGAUCCUCGAGUUAUGCAACCAUGUUUACUGCAAGAAAUGCUUAAUCGACCUUGCAAAGUCGAAGGGCGGCUCAUCGUUUCCAUGUCCACAGUGUCGCGUAGAGUGCAAGCUCCCCGAUGGUGGUGUGGAUGGGCUGAAGGAUGAUCUCAUGACGAAGAGUUUUGUUGAGAUCCUUGCUGCAUCAGAUUCGGAACGCCCCAUAUCAGAAAAUGCUGUGAUGUGCAGUAUCUGCCAUGAGCUGGAAGUAAAGUCGGUUUGUGAUUUAUGCGACUGCGACCUCUGCCCAGAUUGUAGGAGUAGCCAUCUUGAUGAGACGAAACAAACUGGCGAUCACAUCAUCUAUGAUUUUUGUAUGAAGCACAAGAGGCGGAUGAAGCACUUCUGCUACAAGUGCGACGUAUUGAUAUGUGCGAAGUGUCUCAGAACAGAUCAUUCAAAAGAAGACCAUGGCACACACAUGUACAAGACUUUUGUCACUGAUCAGGUGAAAUCUUUAAAAGAGCAGGCUGACAAACUUUUAAACACCACCAAGUCAACAGCGGACCGGAUCACAAAAGUUGACCUGUACCUGACGGGAGCAAAACGGAAAUUCGAGUCUAAAAAAAAGAAGAUUAUGGACGAAUCAAAUGCCGCCAUCAAUCCACUGGCACGUGAUAUCUACGAUGUGAAACAGGAGAUUAAAAAACUUAAGAUUCGACUGAAUCAGCUGGAGAAUGAGAAAGCAACACACGUAGAAAACAUGGAAGCAAAGAUAAAAGAAAUUGACAAAGUUCAUUUUGAUUCCUUUGAGGUCGAGCCUUCCAGGAUAACCCUAUCAACCGCAGUUGAAUGGCUUGCUACGACAAAGGACAGGCUUAAGGAGUUAAAGCAACAAAAUUGGCAUGGGGUUGAACAUCACCAACAAAUCGUUGCUUGUAGAAGCGGUACGGUGGCGAUCGCGUCGAUACUUGGAGAUCUGCAAGGCUCGAUUGACAAGAUCGAACUGGUUGGCCAAUUUUCGGAGGGUGCAGAACUGAAUGUCAGUCCAGACGAACAGGUUUGUCACUUGUCGGGGAAUGCAGAAGUGGAUGUUACUCAUAAUGCUGGGUCCUCGAGAGCAGAACAUGAUUCCAGGUCAGCAGCCAUGGCAGAGGUUGCAGAACGAAUUACAAAAACAAAUUCAUAUGCUUGGUCAUUUCCUACAGGUUUUCCUAGGUCUCAAAGUCGACUGAUACGUGAAUGGAAUUUUGACACGAACGGUCCUAGUUGUAUUUAUAGUGUUGUUUGUCUGCCAGAAGGUUUGGCAAUCCUGGAUGGCACCAGUGAUAUAAGCCAAAGCAAGAUUUUCUAUUUCCCUUCUAUGGAUGUGAAAGACUUUAAGGAGGUCACCCAAGGGGUGACACUGUCGAAGGAUUUGACCGCUAACGUCCGUGGCGAUUUGGUCUUACUUCGGACGGGUAAGCCUCAUCUGCGGGUUUACCUCUUUGCUAGGAAUUACCAGCGGUAUGAAAACAUAGCAUACCAAGUUGCAUUUACAAGGCCUCACGCCCUCGCAUGCACUGGCGAAGUGAUUAUCGUUCUCGACGGAUUUCACCCAGACGUUAAUAUUUUUGUUCUCACUUGCGAAGGCGAAGUGUUGCAUUCCCUUAAAGAGAGCCAUCAUGGCCGUCUAGCGUACGAUUCGCUCAACCAAAUGGUCUACAUCUCUUUCCCGGGAUCCGAAGCUUUCAAGCUCUCUGGUGAUACAUUGUCACCAACCGGAAAGAUACCAGAGCUACCUCGUGCCCUCCUGGUCCGAGACAUUUGUUGUGGAGCUGACGGAAUUAUUGUUGCAGCUGGUAUGCUCAGGCACAAAUUGUCCGGGUACAGUCAUGAGAGCCGCCACCGUCUCAUGGUCAUUUUACUUAUUGAUGACAAGAUAUCUAUCGUCAAUACUGGAGAGCCUAUCUUUGUGGACGAAAAUGUUGAUCGGAUUCGAAUAGACAUCAAGGAAAAGGUGCUUAUCAUUGGUAUUGGAGCAAAGUUGCUAUUUUAUCAGAUGAUUUGAAAACCUGGCUGAUCUUGAUUUUUUAGUGGUUCCGGUGUAAUGUUUUUGAGUGUUUCUGUUUUUGAGUGUUUCUGUUUUUGAGUGUUUCCCCUCAUUGUUUGGGAACGCUCAAAAAUAGAUUGACAAGUUUUUCUGUGUAUCCCCCCUAUUGAAAUGUCGUGGUCUCUCUAGCUGCCUAUUGUUUGGAAACACUGACACAUGGGGAACAACCACAGAUGUUACACCGGCAUUCACCCUUUGACCCAAAGAGUCGAGGUUUCAAGACCCGCGGUAGCUAGUUCCCGCAAUGCGGCCGGCUGGCCACACAGGCAAAAAGUCCAUAAUGACCUGCUAGAGAAUGUAUUUGAGCUAUUUGAACUAUGAAAAUUCUGCAUAGAGAUUUCGAUGACGACUAUUUCGUGUUUUACAGUUUUUUCAUAGUUUUAAAAAAGUAUUUCUAU